AUGGCAUUGGACAACGGUACGACCAUCGGUAUGGUCACUGCCAUCUACUUUGGCGUCGGCAUUAUCUUCUCGAUCAACCCAUUCUGUGUAAAUGAUAAGGCACUCUGCCGUGUUGCUAUUAUAACAACUAUUGUCUGUUGUUGGUUAUUAUGGUUGCUCUGUUUCAUGUCACAAAUGCAUCCAAUGGCCAACCCAGAGCCACAACCAAUCAAUCCAUCAGAACAUUCUGGCAGCAGCAGCAGCAGCACUCACUAG